AUGAGCCUGCACUACCGCCUCGCAACCCCAGCCGACACCCCCCAAAUCCAGCAACUGGUGCAAUCCGCCUUCCGCGCCGAGGACAGCAGACCCAACUGGACAGGAGACACCACCCUCUCCUCAAGCUUCCGCAUCGAGGUCGAGGAGAUCCUCGCCACGAUCACCUCGCCCGACAGCGCAAUCCUGCUCGCAACGGACUCCCACGGCGUCCUCGUCGCCUCCAUCGGCAUCUCCAGGCGCAGCGCCGACCUCGCUCGGUUUUUCAUGCUCGCUGUAGACGAAGGCUACCAGCGCGGCGGGGUCGGGCGCCGGGUGCUCGCCUACGCGGAGGAGUAUUGUCAGCGGGUCUGGGGCGUCAGUAAGGGGGGCUUGAACGCUCUCUCAACUCGCCGGGAACUUAUCUUGUGGUAUAUGCGCUGUGGCUAUCGACGGACGGGCGAGCUGGCGUCGUUUCCAGUUGAGCGUUUUGAGGGGAUUGCGUUGCCUGGUGACUUGUGUUUUGUCGAGUUGGAGAAGGAUUUGAAGGGGGUUCUGGGUCAGUCUGAGCUGCGGUGA